AGAGCAGCAUUUUUUAAGUACGCAGAAAAAAAGUACAUCGCAGCGAUGGCAAGAACCAAGCAGACGGCUCGUAAAUCCACCGGCGGCAAAGCCCCGAGGAAGCAGCUCGCUACCAAAGCCGCCCGUAAGAGCGCUCCGGCCACCGGCGGCGUCAAGAAGCCUCACCGCUACAGGCCCGGCACCGUGGCUCUGCGAGAGAUCCGUCGCUAUCAGAAGUCCACCGAGCUGCUGAUCCGCAAGCUGCCCUUCCAGCGUCUGGUGCGAGAAAUCGCUCAGGACUUCAAGACGGACCUGCGCUUCCAGAGCUCCGCUGUCAUGGCCCUGCAGGAGGCCAGCGAGGCUUAUUUGGUCGGUCUGUUUGAGGACACCAACCUGUGCGCCAUCCACGCCAAGAGAGUCACCAUCAUGCCCAAAGACAUCCAGCUGGCGCGCCGCAUCCGCGGAGAGCGCGCUUAAACGCCUGAUUUCAUAAGUCUUUAAACCCCAAAGGCUCUUUUAAGAGCCACCUAAAUCAUAUUAAACGAGAGAAUUUCAUCUAACGUUCAAUAGAAAGUAACACUAAUUAUUUGUUUGGGUCUUCGUUUAUUCAACUUAGUUUCCCAUUAGAAUACACUC